ACAUGUUGUAUUAGUGUUUAAAAUUCUCAAAUCUAUAUAACAGGUAUGCUACUAAAGAAAGGAAGCAAGUUUAACUCGUACACUUGGUUAGAAAACUAGGUUAGUUAUAUCAAGGAUAUGAAUUAUAUCCUCCAUCCAUCAAAGCAGUGUUUGAAGGGGAGAGUCACUGCUGCUGCGGUGAAUAAUUGAUGUAUGUAUUGAUGAGGUUCAAUUUCAUGCAUACUGUUCUCUCACUCAGCUGUGUGCUAAGUUCCCAGCAAAGACUUGGAGAUAUGGUUUCUUUUGUAUUACAAAUGGCAAAUUCUACCUAUCUGUCAAGCUGAAAGCAAAUGCCAAAAGUGAGCCAUGGGGAAGAAUAUGGAAGUAUAAAACCAUAGGAAAGGAAUUGAUUCGCCCGCUAACUUGAACAAAGAAUCAAAUUCUUCCCAAGAUGUAGUAUAACCUUACUUCUCUUUGAAAUCAUGAUUAUUCAUUGAUUCCACAGAGAAAUGGAGAAUUCAAUCACCCAAGAUCUCAGUGAAAGCUUUCAGCUCAACGAUGAUGAUCAAUAUCUCAAAGAUGAAGAUGAAGAUGCAGAUGAGUCUAAUUUCAUUUACAUCAUCAAUGCAAUCCUUAGUGGAACUGCCAGGCUCAAUGUUCUCUUACCGACAGCAACCAUCCUUGCCUUCACCAUUUUUGCUCCCCUCCUUACCAAUGAUGGCCAAUGCACCUCUCUCAGCCGCUGGCUAAUGGGUUCCUUCCUUGUCUUCCUGGCAGCCUCCUGUGUGUUCUUUACGUUCACAGACAGCUUUAGAACGGCCACAGGAAGGUUGUAUUAUGGCAUAGCAACCUUGAGGGGAAUUUGGACAUUCAAUGGUGGAAGGAAGAAACCUUGCAUGCCAUCAGAUUACAAGCUGAGAUGGUCUGAUCUCUUCCAUGCAUGGCUUUCUUUGGUUGUAUUUUUAACCUUUGCAGGGUCACAUAGUGAUGUUGUGGCAUGCUAUUAUCCAGGAAUUCCAAGGAAGGUCACCAACACUGUUCCUCUUGUGGUUGGCUUUGUCGUAAGUGUUUUGUUUGUGGUGUUUCCUUCCAGGAGAAGGGGAAUUGGGUAUCCAUUCUUGUUGCAGAAGGAAGCUAGGUACUCUAGAUUUUGAAACAUAAUUUGAUAUCUUCAUGAACAAAUAGAUUGUA